GAAAGUUCUUGAAGCAGAGCAAUGCAAACACAACCAGAGCAGCUGCUUUUCUUUUAAUCAAUAUUUCAGUUAUUUUCUUUGUAAAUUGACUGGGUAUUGUGUGUGUACCAGAAUAAUAUGAAACUAUUGUACUCACAAUAGCUUCGCGUUCUUUAUUCUUUUACUAGCGCCCAGAUUCCCGGCGUUGUUAGGGAUUAGGGACCGAUAGCGUAAGCAUCGAUACAGAAGGCCAGAGGAAGUAAAUUUGAUAACUCAUCGUUUUAUCUUAUCUCGAUGGCCCAUCGCGGCUCCAAAAAUCUCCAACCAAAACAUUUGGCGGAUUCUCCAACAAAAGUGAGGAAAUGAGAAGUUCUAGACACUAAAGCAUAAACUUAUCUGAGAUGAUUCGGCCUUACCAGGUAAGACGUUACUUGGCUGGUCUGAUUGCCCUUGUGGUAAUUUCAACUCUUAUUGUUUGGAACAGUAAAAGUAAAAUUAAAGAUCCCUAUGGAGAUUACAGUGAAAAGAAAGAAACAUGGCACAAUGAAUGGCAGGCUCAUCUGAAAAAGGACACAAAAGUGAUUCUUCUCUAUACAACUUGGUUUGACCAUCAAUUUUGGAAUGGUAUGGAAGGAUCUAAGCUUUAUAAAUUUUUUGAAAAAUGCCCAAAACCCAAAAACUGCCUCCUCACAUAUGACAGGUCAUGGCUUAGUAAAGCAGAUAUCACUAUUUUCCAUGGCAGGGAUGUUGAAAUGGCAAAAAAUAGCUACUAUAGUCCUAGGACAUUAAAGGAAGUGCGAAAAGCAGUGCCAAAGGAUAAGCCUUGGGUUUAUCUAAGCCAUGAAAACCCUCAAAAAGACCUUAGUUAUUAUCAGCCAUAUGAUGGUCUAUUCAAUAUGACAGCCACUUUUGAUAGGAGAUCAGAUAUUUUUGUUGCAUAUGGUACCUACCUCAAGCAUUAUGAAGUAAAAGGAAACGCUAGAAACUAUGCAAAAGAAAAAACUAGCCUUGUUGCAUGGGCAGUGAGCAACUGUGGGUUAUUGAGGGAAGAUUAUGCUUUAGAGUUAGAGAAAUACGUAAGUCUGACAGUGUACGGGCGGUGCAGGAAACAUUUCAAAAAGCAAAGGAACUGUGCACACAAUAGCUAUACUUGUAGAAAGGAACUGUCAAAAUACAAAUUCUACCUAGCAUUUGAAAAUAAUUUUUGCCAUGAUUAUGUCACUGAAAAAUAUUGGGAAAGACUAGAGCAAGAUGUUGUCCCAGUGGUAAUGGGUGCAAAUUAUGACAAUGGAUUGGUUAUUCCAGAGUCGUACAUAGAUGCCAGUAAAUUUGACUCAAUCCAGAAACUAGCAGAGUAUCUUCUAUACCUUGACAAAAACGAUGAUGAAUAUAACAAGUACUUUUCUUACAAGGCAAAUUACAAAAUGGGGGAUAUGACAAUUUACUGUCAAAUUUGUGAUAGCUUGCAUGAAAACUCCUUAGUUGCAACCAGACAAGUUGAACUUUCUGCAGAAUACAAUUAUGAAAGAAAUUGUGGUGCUUAUAAACCCAAGAUGAAACUAAUUCGUAAACAGAUUGAAAAUUCGCAGAAAAGUAGUAGUCAGUUGACCCUUCUUUGGCGCAGGCUUCGCCGUUUCCUUCGUUUAUGGUGAAGAAGUUGGACUUAGUGUAAAGUCAGAACUAUCAAAGUUGGUUUUUAUAUAAAUUUUCUGCAUCUUUUAAUCUUGCUAUUUUAUGUUGGCAUUGGUAGAAUCAAAACUCAGGCCCCACUACCGGUACCCCACCCAACCCCAAAAAUUGGGCUUUCAGCGCUGUUUAUCAUCAGGUGUUCUUCCUUGCUCCAUUGAUGGUGCUAAAAAAUCAUUUAAUGUGGUAACAUUUAUAAUCUAUAGAAGUUCCAACAUAUGGUAUAGUGCACUGCCAGCAGGGGGGGGGGCUUAUUCAAGAGAGGGGCUUAUUUAAAACUUAACGUUUGAAAAGGGGUUUAUGCAAGGAGGGGCUUAUUCAAGAGAGGAGCCUUAUUAAAUUUUUACGGUAAGUCAGACUAUUUUGUCUGGUUCCAUAAUAUCUGAAUGAUCUACCUAAAAGUUACCAAAUGCCUUUGAAAGGUCUCCCAACCCAAAGCCAGCAACCGUUUUUUUAAAAGUCUAUUUUAGCUGUUGUUCGUGUAGAUAUUCCUUCCUUGUCGUUAUUUAGACAGAUGAUUCAAGAUGUAGAAACUUUUUUGCUACUGAUUCUUAUAAGAUGUUACAUAGUUUAAUGAGAACACUGUAGUUUCUUUUGUCUAUCCUGCUACACAUUGUUUAAAUGGAACUCUUAUCAAGAAAGUCGCAUCAAGAAAAUCUAUCAUCCCUUUUUUUGGGCGAAAAGUUUUUGAACUUAACCUUUAGAACGUCUUUGGCGAGCAGAUUAACGUCACUCGUUUUACCUUCUGGAUGAAGCUUGAUAUUAAAUUUAAAAAAUACUGAAUAGUUUGAUAAUAUUUUUAAAACACCAAAACCGUCAUAAUUUCCGUUUCAAUAUCAGCUAUAAUAUAAUCGAAAAUUCAGAAGUUUGAGCGAACCGCGGUAUAUAAGAAAUAUACCUACAUACACAUUUCUUAUAACAAGGGCAAAACAAACGAGGGAUUAAAACUAAAUACGAUGAUUGUAAGUUUAGGCUACAUGAGAGAGAUGAUCCCAAAUCAACGAAGAAAUAUUUAAUCAAUAACAAAACAAAAGAUGACUAAACCAGGAAAGUCUUACUUAACAAUUGUUUGAUAGCUCGAUAUUAUUACAGUACUAUAAGUUAAAUACUACAUAGAUCUGUGCUUCCUGGAAACUGGAAAAGUUCGAAUUCACACAACACGUUGAAAAAUAAUCCCAAGAAGUUGUUUCGACCGCGUCCGUUUACAGUGUGGUUUCAUAUUCCAGACAAUAAAUGUUCCAUUCCGGACGUUUCUCAAAUAUCAAGAAAUCAAGGGGGUAUUACAAAUAUCCUUUAUCCAGUCAUUCAGAUUCAAUGCUACCUAUAAUUAAGAAAAAUAAUACCAAAUCUUUGUCUAGACAUUAAAAAUUUAAUAUACUGUUUUCAGAUUGAAUAUUUGCCAGGGUCUCCGACGAAGGCGGGGGGGUGUGGCCCCCACUUUUUUUAAAAUAUUUUGCAAUGAUCGCUAAAUAUUCCCUUGCCCCGCCCCCAACUUUCCAACCUGCGUCGGAGCCCAUGUAAGCUAUAAUUAAAACAAAUAAUCACAAAUAUUUUUCUAAAUAAAAGCAGUUCUCUUCAUUUUUAGGUACAUUAAUUCUAAUAGAUAGGAAAGGUGAAGAUUGUAUCUUUAGACAGUGUAAACAUUAUGCCACAAAAGUUGGUUUCGUUUUUUUUGAAAAAAAAUGAGAAAGGCUGUAAAGAGCGAUAACAAGUGUAAAUAUAUAUUAUUUCUGCUUAUGUAAUCAUUUUUAGGUAUUGCAUUGUCAACUUUAGGCCUUAAUUAGCAGUAAAUUAGCUACUUUUCUAGCAGCCUACUGUAAACAAAUUGAUAAUAAUGAUAACAGGAGAUAACAGAGUUGGUGCAAAGAAAAAGGAAAAGAUAGAGACAUAUAAUAGAGGCAGUAGCAUAGCUAUUGUGGCAGCUUCUCAAUCCAUACGUACUGUGUUUUUCAAUAAAGAUAUCCAUUGUGCCAAAAUCUGAUUUCAUAUCUUUGUAAGUAAAUCUGAUUUCGAUAUGGCAUUGACAUAUGAUGUUGAUGUGCUCUAGCCAGGGGCGGAUGCAGAAAAAAAUCUGACAUUCGCAAAGUUUCGACCACGCCUAUAUGACCACGCCCAAAAAAAAUCAGUCAAAUUUUACUAUAGUCUCAGAAUCGAAGUUUUCCACUUAAAGAUGUAUUUUUCCUUAUAUUAAGUUUUAGGAUUAGGAAACAGAAAAUGUUGAGGCUCAAAGGUUGAGAAAUUAAAGGAUAAAUAUUAAGAAUAACAGCCAGGUCUGGAUUUCAUUGACAAUUUGGUAUUUUACUUAUUGAGUGAACAAGAAAAGAGAUCUCUGGAAAAAUUUUGAGAAACACUCAUCAAGUUUUUGUUGUGUUGGCAUGUUUUGUUUCCUACAUGGCUUUUGUGAUGGAAAAACAGCAGCAAAGAUUUGAAAUGUCCUCUUAAUAAUGAUUUAAUGGCAAGUCUAGGCACAGAACCACAAAUUGUCAAGAACAAAGAGGAUGAGCUAGAAUAAGGGUAUAUUAGAUGUGUGUAUCACCCCUUCUCAGGGAGAAAAACUCAUGAAAAACAUUUUAUGUCACUCACUUAAAAAACAGCCAUUUACAGAAAGGAAUCUUAGUUCUAUUUAUACAAUGAUAUUAUUUAACAAUCAAAUACUGUGUUUAGUGUAGAAAUUUUCAAUGCAAUAUCCACCCAAAUGUUUGACUUCAACACCAAAUACCUUAGGGGCUCAGAGCUUUUCUGUUAUUUAUUUUGUGCAUUCACCUUUCUAUCUAAACUGCUGUGUGAUGUGCCUUAAACAUGGCCAAAAAUACCAGUUAGGUCAAUACACAUCAUACAAUUUUAGUAUUUUCAGGUGUUGGUAAAACAGCAAAUGUAACAGAAUUUAAAACAAUUCAUUGUCUUUCCAUAACAAGAACAUCAUAAAUAUAUAUUAUAUACAAAUUUUAAAUGUACAUCAAACAAAGUCAGUAAUGGCAUAAGAAAUAAGGCAAACAUGGUAACUUUUACUAUAUGGAUUUAUAUAAAGAUAUUUACUUGGCAGAACCAACUUGCUGUGAAUUUCUUAUUAAUAAUGUAGUAAUUCCCCCAUUAGGAUCAUUCCAUUGAUUGCACUUAUUUACUACCCAUAUUUACAUUUAUUUACACACACAAUAACAUAGAAAAGAAAACUGUCAGUCACUUGCAAAUUCAUAAACAAAAAUUAAUGAAUCUUAAGGGUAUUUCAGAACCAAAAGUUUCAAAUGGUAUACUCUUAUAGUGUGGAAACCACAAAUAAUUUUACUAGUUUUAGAGGUUAAACUCAUGAAAAGGGUUACCAUAUUUAUGGCAUGACCAGAAAAAUAAAAUCAAAAUACUAUUACAAUUUCUCAUUUACAAAUAUGGCAGUCUAGAUUUUUCCAAAACUGACAGCAUAAAAUUAACAAGAAAAGAAUACGCCGUAGAAAAUGCAAUAUCUUAUUCAAAAACAAAUCCCCAGCACAGUCAAACUAUUUACAGGUUUGUGAUAAUAACAACAUCUAUCAAAAAAAAUAUCUAGAACUCUAAAAUUCAGCAUAUUCAAAUUCAUCAAGAUAUUUAUAGAACAGCAUCAUUCGUCAGAAUGCUACAUCAUCAUUAUCAAGAUAUACCUGACUUGAACCCUAAAAGUUCUGAUUGACAGCCUGUAUAAAAAUGGCUAUUUACCUUAAAAAGCAUCACGUAUUCUUCAAAAUAUUAUUUGAGUCUGAAUCUCUGUCUAAAUAACGUCCUCCAUCAUGAAAAUGAAAACAUAGGCAAAAUUUUGGUUCAACAAUUUUAGGUCCAACUGAACUGUCCUCGCAUAUUGCCAUCUAUCAAAUUCCAUCCAUCAACCAAAAUC